GCGACCGCCUUGUCGCGGAUUUUUGCGAUAGCGUGUCUGUUUUGCGGGGCGACAUCGCGACACCCCGGUCAGGCGACCGAUCUGCCUUCCACUUCGAUGCUCACAAUUGAAUCCUUGUUCGGCAGCAACUUCUUCUGUCAGCUGCGCGCCAUCGUCCACAUGUCGGCUCUACACGACCAACCCGGUUCGCCGGAGCCCAGUCAACCAACAUCGAGCGCGAGCGCCAGCCCAAACCAGCCCGCACCGACGCGGCGGCGGGUAUGCAGGAGGCGCAUUACGCGGCCCGAGCCGGGCUCGCUGUACGACAUCCUGCAUGACCAUGCCGGCACAGCUCUCCACGUUGUCCCGAUCUGCUGGACCGAUCUCCAUACCCGACUGCUUGGUGCGCGCUUCCACGCGCGCCCCGCCAUCGCCAAGCCGGUGCCUGAUUUGCUCCCCGGCACGUUUUUCGAGCCAUCCAAGAUGGCGCAAACGCUGACUGCCGAGCUGCACACACUUCUUCGGGAGGACGCGACGCCAGCCAGAGCGUUCUGCAAGAGUCGUGCCAUCAAGCACGUCUUGACGACACUCUUCCCCGCGACGCUAUGCCGCCCCAAGACGGGCGCCGAGCUCCACCUCUACUUCGGCCACCGCAUCUUCAGGAAAGUGGUCCGCAUCCCCUGUAUUUGGAAGAGUCCCGGCAGCGUCGACACCUCGUUCGACUCCUGCCCGACCCUGCCUUCGACAUCGUUCUCGCAGGUGCCCAAGGUCACCCGGGAUGAGGGCAUGCCGAUGUUGGCGUACAUCAACAGGUCACAGCUUGCCAGCAUCCGGAAAAACUUGUACGGGGUUGUUCGCGGGCCCAACGACGGCGCCAACGAGCCAGUGUCUCGGCUGCAGCAGUUGCGGUCCAAGAUGCUAAUGCCCGCGAACGCCGACCACGAUCCAUACAUCGUUGCGAUCCUCCUGGCUAUGGCGCAGGCACACUUCUAUCACGAGUCGCCCUCGCGCCCAUCAUCUCAAUCUUCCCAAGGCUGCCGGAAGACGGUACGCAUGCCGCCGCCGUCGUUCCGCGAUGUCAAGGUGCAGGUCAUCACCCACGACGAGGGCAACGACAGCAGCCCGAAUUUCGUCGUCUACACAGCGACCGUGACCGCCACCUUCCUGGAUCGCUUUAUGUUCCCGCACAAAGCACCAGCACCCCGAGACGGCGAAGACUGCAGCGCCGGCAUGGACAUCUCCUACACGCCCGUCAGCUUCUGGCCGAUCCUCGGCUUGAAAGAGCGCCUCUCCCAGGCCCUGGGGCCCGAAAUCGCUGGCGACUCGAUCUACGACGACCCAAACCACAUCGGCUUCUGGCAUCCACUGCUGGAGUCACAGUCCCGGUCGCCGGUCUACCAUCCCGUUAGUCUCAAGCGAAGGCGCGCAGCCCGGGAGCCGCUGUCCCAGAUGCUGAGCAGCAGCUUCGAGGAGGAACCGCCCAGUAGUCCAGAUGAUCGGCCCGUGCUCAGUCCUGCGGCUAAGAGGCGGAGGACAGCACGGCGGGCGGUCAACAGCUUGGAGGUUUGUUGACGGCGAGGCCGCUGGUCAUGACAUCUGGCGGGGAUUUGGUUCUUGGCUCUCCACAUGCUGGCCCAUUCACGACUUUUGGUAUGAGCUACGACGGAACAGGAUGACAACGGAAAUGAUGUAUGGUAUGGCGCGAUACCCUUGACAAGACUGGUGGGGUAAACAGGUCAGAGGUGUUCAGGCGGCAAGGUUG